AUGCCCGUCUGGACGAGUCUCCUUGGGGCUGGUGUCAGUAACACAGCAGACAUAACGCAGAGCCUGUUCUAUAGGAGCUUAUCGCUUCGCUGCUGCACCAUCCGGCUGUGGCAGACCGUCAUCACUCAGAGGGAUAAAGGAAAAGACCGGCUUCACCUGGAGUUAGUGGGGGCCCAAAGCAAACCUCAAGGGACGCCCCUCGGGGGACGUUCUGCCUGGUUCAGGCACCGACGGGAGGAGCUCUACGCCGAGAGGAAAGCCGAGCGGGCAGCCCUGAGGAGCCGCCUGCGGGAGAAGUACGGCCUUCCCGAGGUAAGGGCCGCGCCGCUGGCCCGCCCGCCCAGGGGCUACCCGCCGGGGGGCCUAAAACCGCGCGGCUCUCGGUCCCGUCUCCUCUCCUUUGUAGCGAGGCUCAACAACUGGCCCCCGUUGCCAUCCUUCUGCCCCGUGAAGCCUUGCUUCUACCAAGACAUCCCUGUGGAGAUCCCUGCGGACUUCCAGAAGACCGUUUCCACCAUGUAUUACCUCUGGAUGGCCAGCACCAUUGCUCUCUUCCUGAACUUCCUGACCUCGCUGGCCUGGUUCUGUGUGGAGCCUUCGUCGGGUUCUGGGUUCGGCCUCUCCAUUCUCUGGGCUCUUCUCUACACGCCCUGCUCCUUCGUCUGCUGGUAUAGGCCAAUGUACAAAGCCUUCAGGAGCGACAGUUCGUUCAACUUCUUUGUCUUCUUCUUCGUCUUCUUUGCCCAGAACGUCAUGUACGUGCUGCAGGCAAUUGGCAUACCAAACUGGGGAUUCAGUGGUUGGAUAUUGAGUCUGAUAGCGCUGAGGAAGAACACAGCUGUGGCUGUGAUGAUGAUCCUGGUGUCCCUGUGCUUCACAGCAGUGGCUGUGCUGGGUAUCAUCAUGCUGAAAAAAAUCCACUCUCUGUACCGCCGGACGGGCGCCAGCUUCCAGAAAGCGCAGGAGGAGUUUGCUGCGGGCGUCUUCUCCAACCAGGCAGUGCGCACCGCAGCGGCCAACGCUGCAGCAGGUGCAGCCAGCAACGCCUUCCGGGCGCCCUAGGCAGGCCGAGCCCCUGGUUUCUCACUUGCAUGGGGGCUAUUUUUAAAGAAGAGGAAAUCCAAGUUGCACUUUCAUUGGAUCCCCGUCUGUCUGCAUCAGCUGUUGGAGGCUGCCUCAUCCCAGCUUGGAAGUGCUGGUGCCUGGAUUGUCUGCUGCUCUAACCCCUUCCCUCACGGACGGAGGCUGUUGUGGUUUGUGCUGGUCCCCUUCCCUCGGUGGACAGAGACGGGAGGGAAGGAGCAGGAUGGGAGGCGCAGUGUCCGAGCCCUGCGCCUGCCAUUGCCAUCCCUUCCAGCACCGGCUGCUGGGGCGCGGGGGGCUCCUCCAGAUCUGUGACAGGGACUGAAGCAGCUGCUGACCUUUCCCUCGUAUUGCCCGUGGAUCUCCUGUUCCCCCCGGUGAUGUCACUUGUGUGCUGUGGGGCACGAAGGGUCCCCGCUUGUGUCCCAAGCCCAGGGUGUAUGUGGGCUAGCUCUCUCCCUAGAAGCUUUUGCCCUUCUUUCCUUUGAAGCAGGACCAGGUUCUCUGCCAAGAAGUCAUCCCCGUCUUCCCUGGGGGCUUGCUCCUGUGGGGCUGGGCUGGCUCUGUCCCCAGGAGCUGCCAGCCUGGGGGGGGGGCUGAGCUGGGAGGCAGCACCAGAACCAGUCCCCUUCCCCUGCCCUCUCGCUGUGUCCCUUAUGGGGCUGGGAUGAGCCUGCUCCAAGUGCAGGGAUAGGGAGGGAGAGGGCUGCUGCGAGAGGCAGCAGCGGUGCCUAUGCUUCUGGCGAGGGUGGCUGCCGUCGGCCCCUACGCCACAUUGCAGCCUUCGGGGCCUGGCAGCUGAAGGACCCUGAACGCAGGCUGGGCACCUCCUUGUGCCUCCGCACCUUCCCGCUCCCC